AUCAUCUUUGUGCGUCCCUUUCUUCAGACAACGCUCAGUCAUGUUUACCGUUUAAUUCAGUGAUCCGAGGCUUUUUGUGUUGUCGCCAUUAAGCUUUUCUAUCGCUAUUGUUUUGUAUUUAUUGUUAACAGACUUUGUAGUUAACGCUAAUUUAUUUCAACAUGGAGUCCGAAGCGGCCAACGAGGAGAAGACAGCCGCUCUGUCGGCGGCGCAGAGACGAGCAGAGAUCCGGAGGAGAAAACUGCUCAUGAAUUCAGAGGACAGGAUGAACAGAAUCGUGGGCUACACUAAAAACGAGUCUGAAAACAACGCUGGAGCAUCCCUGCGUCCCACAGAACCCCGCUUCCACCUCGAUCUCGACAGAACAGAGCCGUGGUCGUCAUCCUCAUCUUCCCCGAGACCGUCUCCCUUCCUGCCAGAGGCUUCGGGGUUCGGCAGCCGCUCCCACACCGCCACCCCCGAGAGGAGGGGCUCACCCCUACCAGGCUGUAGUGAGCCACACGGAGUCUCUCUGGAAGAUGACAUCGGAGGGGUCCGACAGAGACCGAGGGGGGAGCGGGCAUCAGACGACCUCAGCGGCUCCCCACGCCGAGGCCUCCAGAAGUACCUGUCCCGUUUUGACGAUGCCAUGAAACUACGGGGCCAGCUGGCCAAUGAGAAGCCGGCCCAGGACGGGGGGUCUGACCCUGAGGAGUUUGAUCCUUUCAGAAUCUUCAGGCUCAUCGGCAGCAUCCUCCUCGCCAUUUUUGUUAGGGUUUUUGUCUGCAAGUAUCUGUCAAUAUUUGCUCCAUUUCUGACCCUUGAACUGGCCUAUAUGGGGUUGUCCAAAUACUUUCCAAAGGUAGAGAAGAAGGCCCAGACCACUGUGCUGACCGCUGCCCUGUUGCUGUCUGGCAUCCCCGCUGAGGUCAUCAACCGCUCCAUGGACACCUACAGGAGAAUGGGUGACGUCUUUGCCGACCUCUGCGUUUACUUCUUCACCUUCAUUCUCUCGCACGAGAUCCUGCUGCUCAUUGGCUCAGAGACUACCUGAUGGACCCGGAGGAUGUCAGUAACCCUGCUUCCCCUUACUUGUUGUCCCCUCCCUUUGUCUCCCAUAGAAACAAAGCAAGGCCAUUUACAUCGGCCGACGUGGGUUUGUUGUUGACCGUCUGGAAGCAAAUCCUCGCUGCCUUAUGAUCAGUGUCGAGCUUCAGCUGGAUGAGUGCUCAUUAAUUCAGCGCUUCAGGAUUACAAUAAGGCUAAGCUACAUGUGACCAGACAGUGCAGUGUUUGUUACGUCAUUUUUGCUCUGGACUGAACCUGAGAAACAAGGAUAGUAUGUGUUUGCUUGUGCGAACAAUGCACUAAAUGUAAUGCAUUUAUCGUACCAAGUUAUAUUUAUUUGUCAUAUUCAAGAGUGGACAACAGUACAGGUCAUCAUCAGAAAACUGACAUCACAUAAUUUAUUUACAUUCUUGAUAUUGAUGCAUAUCACAUUUUUAAUAAUAUGUAUGCCAAAUCACACAAAAUAUUCAAUGCAAAGAACUGUCUUCCAGUACUAUGCGUUACAUAAAAAAAGGAGUGUUUUGCUGCCCUCUCUGGUUGAACAUUUAAAGUGUGCUGCACCUGUAACCACACCCAGCAGAAAUGUCAUAUUAUACUGAGGGUUGCACUUCUACAUCACUGCAACAAGGUGAAACGUUAAGCCAAUAGAGGGCUACAAUAAAAUAAUUUUCAGCUGCUGUUAAGUUCUUUAAAACUAAAAUUGUUUGCUUGGAAUCAUUAAUCUAAAGGGAGAUUAUCUAAUAUUUCUUAAACAGCAGCCACUGUGGCCACAAGCAGCAAGUACUGGUUAAUGCUAAAUGCUCAAAUGUACCAACAGUGGCACAUGUUAGAGAUGAGUCACAAAGUCAGCAAACUUACUCAUCAGGAUCAGCUAAUACGACUGAGUAGAGAAGCUGAACUAGUACGCACCCCUCUGAAUAUAUGUUUGUCAGAUUAGUCAGCCCUGCAGUGCGUCAGGCAGGGUUGGGGUCAGUAUAUACAGUAUAUUUACAUUUCAGUGUAUUCAGUGUGGGUCAGUGUAAUUACAGUUCAUGCCAUUCAAAACCUCAAUCUAAACUUCACAUGACUCUGAUAGCCUGCUGGAUAAAGGCAAACACUUGCUCAGCACAUGAAUUAACUGAAAUGACUUUGGAGUGAAAAUGUUCAUUGGGGUUCUUGACUCGUUAUGAUUGACGGUCAAUGACAGAAAGCAGAAAACUGAAGACAGAGUAUCAGUAGGAUUGACAAGCAGGUGGUUUCCUUUUCAUUCAUAAAUAUCAUCACCUUGGCUGAUUUGUUGCAACAUCUGCACCUCAAGCAGUCAGUGACUUGAUGAAUUAAUCUUAGAGAUCUGACCUUUUUCUUUCAAAUCUGGCCCACUUCUCUGCCAUGUAUACAUCAGCUAGCCAGAAAAGUAGAGCCACAGUUUCACACUGACCAUCAUGGCUGCAUCUUCAUGAUGAUCUAACUGUAGGAGAAACAGCUGUGUGAUCCAGAGUGCUGGCUACUAACUUUAAAAAUACACACAUGCCCCUCCAGCUUUCGGUUAGUAAGAGAUUAAAAAUGUAGUUUGAGUAGUUAAGAAACUUUAGAAGUUGUUUUUGAAUUAAAUAUGAAAAUAUUAAUUGAUGCAGUGUCUCUUAAAAUAAUGACGAUGACUGUAGAUUCAGCGCAGUCCAGGAAGGGACGCCGCAUUUUACUCAAAUUUGCUGGCAGGACCACUAAGUGUAAAGCUGAGUUUCUCUAGCUUUAAAUUAAGUCUCUAAACCGUAAAAUAUAACCGUGAGGCAGUUUAUGUGCUUGUGUUGUGGCAGAUUUCCUCACAUGCUUUUAAAUGAUAUUUUCUGUUGUGAUCUGUCAUCCAGUGUCCAUAAGAACAAUGAACAAUUGUUCUUCCUUCUUAUAAGUUGUGAAGGCAGAAGAAGAAGCAUUUAGUCCUUGAACGUGGAGUAUAUAAUUUUGCACGGCUAUGAGCUUAAAAAAACGCAGUAAACUUCAUCACAGUGUAUGUACAUAAUGAGAAGUGUGGUUGGUGGGAAUGUUUUAGGAUUUGCUGGAAAGCACUGUCACUGCACAUUAAUGUGAGGCAGUGGCAGUUUGUACGCUUAUUUGUGCUGAGUAAUUCUGGUGACGUGUCUUGCUUUGCUUUGUCCAUGCCUCAUUCAUACUUACUUAAUAUAUAUACUCUACUUCUGUGCUGUUAUGUCCUCUCUCCAUACUUCAAAUGUCAUCCAAAUUAAUUUAUUAGUGUGAAUAUUUUAUUUUUAUGUAAAUGAAUUGGUGUGAUUUAUCCUAUGACUUGUCUGACCUACAUGAUUGUUUUUGAUAAGGUUUACAGAAUAACUGUUUUUAAUGGCUCUUACAGUAUCUUUAUUUAGUGUUGACAUUGUAUAAACAGUUUCUGCUUAAAAACAUACACAGGAAUGAAUAACCAGACAAUUCAUACCAAAUAAAUACUACUUGUGUGAUGUA